GACGGGAGACCAUUACACAUAUAUUUUAUCAGGGGAGCAUGGCGCAGCGUGUUUGGACUUAUUUCACCGAGUCUGCCCGUAUCAUGGGCGCACAUCACAGUUUGAGGUCCGUCGUGAGCAUAUGGUGGGCGCAGAGGCCGAGGAGCAGGAUGCUCUCGUUCCUGUUCCACCGCCUGCCGAUGAUCAUUCUUUGGGAGCUUUGGACGCACUAUGCUGCGUGCAAGUAUGGGGAUGCUCGCCCCAACUUUGCACGCAUUAUCUUUCGGGUGGCUACGGCGGUGUCGGAGUGCAUCUAUCGUCGCUGGCCUAGCGGAGGUCUUUUGCCUCCCCGAUGGUCGGUGAUUAUGGAGCACGUUCGACGAGAAUCUGGACGUAGGAGGGUGGUGCCGAUUCGGUGGGACCCACCGCCGGAUGGCGCGGUCAAGGUGAAUGUGGCGAGAGCCCCGCUCCGUGGGGCAUAUGCAGCGAUCGUGCGUGACUCGACAGGUAAGUUUCUCUAUGCUAUUUCUUCUAUUGCAUUCAGGUGGGAUCCAGUGGAGCGUGGAGGGAUGGACGUACUUCUUCGGUGUAUUCAGUGGUGUAUAUCUCAGUCCUUCUUGCGUGUCCACGUGGAGUCCCACCAUUCAGAGUUUGAUUGUUUCUUUAGGGAGGGUACCCCGUGGUACCUUCAUGAUGUUUAUGCUAGACUGCGUUUCCUCUGUUCUACUGCGACGGUUCAGUGGUUUCAUUGUGACGUUCGGGCGAAUGGUCCGACGACUGAGUUGGCAUUGUGGGCCGUGGAUAGUACAGAGGGGAUGCGGGAGUUUACUAAUCUGCAGGAUCUUGAUAUUCGGGUACGAUCUCUCCUUUCUAUGGACGAUCUGCCCUUCUUUCGCAUUGAUGAGGAUGGGGGUAACCCCUAAUAGCACUUAGUUGAGUGCCUUAACGACCGCGUCUGCGGGUUUCUCGUUCUUCUCGUGCUCCAACCCUAGCCACCAUGUCUGAUCGUUGAGGCAUUAAACGUUUGCGCACAAAAUCUCAUGACGGUGAACCAUCAACCCAAGAGGAACGAUUUGUCUCUUCAUUUGUCUUUCCGAGAGGGUCUCUUGGGUAUGUGUUCCCGAUCAUGAACAUUUUGAGAGCUUUUGAGGUGCCUUUAAAAGACAUCCACGUCCAAAAGAACCACACGUGGUACAUCGAUGUCGCUACCUUCAACCGCUCUAAUGUACCAAGGGCCGUAAAAAUGUGGACGAGGCCAAAACUAAAAAAAUUGUAAUUUA